GCCCUCCGCGGUUUGGGUUUCAGUGCGAGAGAGAGUGAAAGCGAGCUCGCGGGAGCGGCAAGAAAAAAAAAUAAUUAGGCCGUAAACAAAAAAAAACGUGAAAAUAUUCAAACUCAGACCGAGUGUAGAGUAAUAUUUAAUACAGAUAUUAUUUUUUUAUUUAGUAAUUCGUUAUUUUUGUGUGGUGUGUGUGUUUUUUUCUGAAGUUAUACAACCAUGCCCAGAGGAGGAAAGAAGUGUUACAAGGGAAGGGGGAAGCAGUUCACCAACCCGGAGGAGAUCGACCGUCAGAUGAGAGCACAGAGAGAGAAGGAGGAGAACGGUGGCAUCGAGGUGGAGAGCAAAUCAAGCUCGGAGGAAGAGAGCAGCGACGAGGAAGACCACGAUAAGAAGAAGAAAGGGGUGGAGGGGCUGAUCGAGAUCGAGAACCCCAACAGGGUCUCCCAGAAGAGCAAGAAAGUGACCGAGGUGGACCUGAACGCACCCAAAGAGCUGUCCCGCAGAGAGAGGGAGGAGAUUGAGAAGCAGCAGGCGAAGGAGCGUUACAUGAAGCUUCACCUGGAAGGAAAGACGGAUCAGGCACGGGCCGACCUGGCCAGACUGGCGCUCAUCAAGAAACAGCGUGAGGAAGCAGCGCGCAAGAGAGACGACCAGAAGAAGGCGAAAGAAGAAUCCACGACGAAAUCUAAGCGCUAGCCUCGUCUCUGACUGCUCCAGGGUUCGAGAAUUCAUCCGGACAGACAGACGGACGGCGACAACAGGAGCAGGGAAACCGAGGGAGAGGGAGAGGAGGGGGUCCGAAUCGGGAUCGCUGGAGCAAGUUGCUUUCUGUCUGUCUACAUGUUUUUAACAUUAAUCUAAAGGAAAAAAAAAAAACACGUCCUGCUGGCUUCACUGAAAAAUACAAAAAGACAGACGACCCCCGUGUUCUGUUAUCACCUCGAAGGCAAAACAUACAAUAAAUAAUUAUAAUAAACUCUAUUUGUUACCUAUUUUCAACACACACACAGAGAGACACAUACACCCCUGUAACAAUCCAUCUCCCUCCCUUCCUCUCUCAUUCUCUAAACCCCACCCCAUAAAUUUCCGUUACCCCCUCCCCUUCCGAAUUAAGCUGGUGACAGAUCAAAGUGCCCUCUGUUCUUGGUAACUCCUUACCCCUUUCUGCAGCUCGUUGACGCGCGAGAGACCACGUCAGCUUCUCUGAGAUUGUCACAACAGGGCUCGCUUAUUUACGACUUAGUUAACGCAUUUUUCCUGCUAGUUUAGUUGUUUUUUUUUCCCUAGUUUCAGGAGGGUGUAAACUGCAAGUCUGCCGGAGAAGGCACAGGCAGACUGAGCCUGUGUGGUCCUGAAACUCUACAGAGAACAUCUCUCAUCUUGACGUGACCCCAGAUUCUGGUUUUCCUGCAGUUUUGUGGUCGUAUUAAGGCAAUGGGAUGUCUAAGUUGCUAGUUCGGGAGGGAGGGGUGUUCAUUUCAAACGUUGGCUGCAAUCGAAAUGUCUAGACUGUGUGUCCCGGGCUUUUGCGCAGACUGCUUGAUAAAGUCGCUGUGUUGAAUUGCUUUAGAAAUAUCCUGUGAUUAAAAUGAGCAGGCUGGUGUUUUUCAUAGCCUUAAUAUAAACGAAAGGAGGAUCGGAAGGACUGUGUGUUUAAAAGUUCUAAUUCUGAAGGAAAUAAAACCCAAAUGCGAUUGGCCGUUCAAACUGAGUUGAAACGAGAUUCCAGUCCUAAACCUGGUCUCUCAAUAAAAUACAUUAUCGGAUCUCUUUUUAAGAGAAUUGUCUUGCUGGAGGGGGCGUGUCAUUUUUAAACUUGAAAUUCUAGCUCUGGGUUAAAUCGUAAGCUGCCAUGCUGAUAGUCCAACUGGCAACGCAGCGGCCUCUCUGGAGUGUUGUGGAGAGCUCAGAACGGUUAAUCUAGCGAUCGCUGUGGGGUCAGGUGAGAACAGCGGUUUAGAUUAGCGAGCUGUGAAAUGCUACAGUUGAGAAUGGAGUGUUUUUAUUUGGACUGUUUCUCAUUAAAUUUAGACAACUGACAGUUUUGGUGCUGGCUGGCUUGCUUGGAAGUGUUCUGCGCUCUUUGGAAAUGAUGUCCCUGUAAGUCAGGCAUCAUAGAGUCUGUAAUGAGGGGUGUUCUGGGAAAAUUUUUAGAUAUAAUUAAUUUUGCUUGAUUUAUUACCAUAAAUGUAUUUUUGUAUCUGACGCAUCAAAGUGAUCCACGGAGAAAGACAACUAAUGUUAACAACUUUUCCUGAUUUUUAGACCUUCCUAUAAUUAUUUAUAUUGCAUUGAAAACCUUUUUUUUUUACAUAGUCCCUCUCCUGUUGCAGUUCUGACUCCUCACCACCAGGUGGCAGCACUUCAUUAUUAAAACUGAUGCUCAAAUACAUUGCCCUCUUACACCUGUAAGAACGUAGCGGCUUUCUGUGGUUAAACCCAGGGCUGGGAAUCAGACUCCCGCUGCACAGCAGUGUGAUCCAGUCCUGGUUUCAUUAGGAGUUUAAUAAUAAGACACACCUGAGCUUGUUAGCUAGACACACUGGGGGCUGAUCAAGCUGGUAGCAGUAAAACCUGGAAUGGAUCACACUGCUGUGAGAUAGGAGUCCCCUUCCCUUUAUUUUUAUUUUGGGUAUCUGGGUGUGUGAGAUUAAACGCAUGGCUCUAUAUUUAAGAGACACUUAUUUUUCUUGAUAAUAUUUUUGUCUGCCUUCUACAUGAUGGUUCCCCUCCAAUCCUCUCAGUGUUGAAACGGCUAUUGUAAUCCCUUUGAUUUUUAAAUAUGUCUGUGACCUUUAUGAAUUGUACAAAAGCGAGAAAUUGAAAAUAAAAGAAUUGUAACAAUA